GACGUCGGCAUCGCGGACUUCCGGUCGCCGCCAUCUUCCUCGCGCGGAAGCCCGCGGCUGGGUGGGAGCCCGGGAGCGGGUUCGGCAGACGGUGCGGCCUUCGCCAUGCCGUCGUCGCCGCUGCGGGUGGCGGUGGUGUGCUCGAGUAACCAGAAUCGGAGCAUGGAGGCGCACAACAUCCUCAGCAAGCGGGGAUUCAGCGUCCGGUCCUUCGGAACAGGAACUCACGUGAAGCUCCCAGGACCAGCACCUGACAAGCCCAAUGUCUAUGAUUUCAAAACUACAUAUGACCAGAUGUACAAUGAUCUUCUAAGGAAAGACAAAGAACUCUAUACACAGAAUGGCAUUUUACACAUGUUGGACAGAAAUAAGAGAAUCAAGCCUCGUCCAGAAAGGUUCCAGAACUGCAAGGACCUGUUUGACCUGAUCCUCACCUGUGAAGAGCGGGUCUACGACCAGGUGGUGGAAGAUCUGAACUCCAGAGAGCAGGAGACCUGCCAGCCAGUGCACGUGGUCAAUGUGGACAUCCAAGACAACCAUGAGGAGGCCACCCUGGGAGCCUUCCUCAUCUGUGAGCUCUGCCAGUGUAUCCAGCACACUGAAGACAUGGAGAAUGAGAUUGACGAGCUGCUGCAGGAGUUUGAGGAGAAGAGUGGCAGGGCCUUCCUGCACACAGUCUGCUUCUACUGAGCUCCACCUCCUUCAGGCUCCUCCUCCCAAGUGUCUUUACCCGGAGGCAUUCUUGGUGGAUGGUGUAUGGACUGUACAUAUAGGAUGAAAAGGUACACAGAACCGCCAGAUUAAAGACCAUUCUCAACCCCACUUCUCUUUACCAAAAGUUACCGCCCACUGCCCUAGGGUGUGCCUGUUGCUCUGCCUUGCUGUCUUCUCCCCCAAUUGCUGGAUUGUACAAAUACCUGAAUAAAGCAACGAGCUGUAUCUUAAAAGAACCUGGAAUUACCCAAUAAAUAGAGGCUGCUAGUUGUCAA